UCUUCCAGAUAUUCUUCCCUGGCUGGGGAAAGAAAACACUCAGUUCCUGCUAAAAUGUCGUCUGGAGAUCCCCGUCGUCAGGUACCUUCAAGUGGAAUCGAGAGCCUAAUGGCAGAGUUGGAACGCAAUGUACGCAGACUAGUUAUUUGAUUGAUUCUUUAGUAUGACCUAAGUGAAUGCCUUGUUAGAUGUCUGAUAUUUUUGAGCAGUAACUUAUUUGUAAGAUGUUUGAAUUUUUUAAUUCAGAUGCUCCUGAAAGUACAUAGUGAACAACAUUAUGAGUUAGAAACAUAGUAAACCUUUGCUGUUGUUUGCAGGUUGAUCUCUCUCUUCCCAUGGGUAGCCCGGCACAAAUGCAAUAUCACCGCCCUCAACAACCUAUUCACGGACAAUUUGCCCCAGUGUCUGGUCCCUCACAGCCUCAAGGUUCUCCUUAUAUUCAACCGACAACUGUUUACCAGUUGGGACAGCCCACCCCACCUAUGUACAUUGUUAGAGCUCCUCCAGGGCCCAUGACGGGAAUGCCACAAUAUCAAGCUCAAACGUUUGAGCCCCGUGCACGGGAAAGAAAAAUAAUCCAGAUAAAGGACCCAAAUAGUAGCUCAAGCACCCCACCCUUGACAUUACAGCAGCAAGCUGAGGCAAAUGUCAGGGCACAGUUUGCAGCGCAGCUCGCAGCAAUACUAGCUGAUUCAGAAGACAAGCCUAAAAACCCAGAAGUUAUUAUUCAGAAAGCGCCAGUAAACAACAAGACAGUUGUGGAUACUGUUCAAUUAAAAGAGACAACAGUUACUCAGAAAAAUGAAGUGGUAAAAGAAACAGGAACGAACCCUGCUACUGGGAUAGAUACCAAGUUAGCUGAAAGGUCUCUUAAAACACAGCCUAAAGAAGUGCAUGUGAAAACGCGGCCCAAAGAAGCUGUGCAGGGCUCUAAACUUAGUGAGAGAGUUUCAGGAGACAUUGCAUUAGGCCCAAAGUCCUUGGUUAGCUCUGUGAAUGCAACUACAUCAGUUAAGGAUAUUAUCCCCAAUGUCAGAGUCGAGAUCUUUACUGCAGAUGAACUACGUAAGAAGGAAGCACAACAAAGUAGCGUUCAGAAGGCACCAGUAAAUAAUAAGGCAUUUGUGAAUACUUUUCAAUUAAAAGACACAACGGUUACACAGAAAAAUGAAGUUGUAAAAGAAACAAGAACGAACCUUGCUACUGGGACAGAUACACAGAUAUUGCCUGAGGGAAAUGUCAGGGCGCAGUUUGCAGCGCAGGUCGCAGCUAAAGGUUAG